ACACAAAUCCACAUCUCUCCACAGGCCAACACCUCGUCUUACUGUCCCUCGUCACCGGCCUUUCCACUUCACACAUAUACUGCAGCAGCUCCAACAUCUCGCACUUUCCCAGCUCGCCCUCAAAGUCCUUCCGCCGUCUUCCCUUCGCGUUCCCCAGCGUCCGAGCCUCUAACUCUUGCACAUCCCAGCUCUCGACCGGUGGUGUCAUGAUCUUCGUCUUCGUCUUCGUCCUCGUCCUCGUUCAAUAACCGCACAACAGCUCCAGCAAGGGAAAAAAAGAGAGAUUCGGCGAGGGAGAUCGAGAAGGAAGAAAAAAGAGGAGGGGAAAAAAAGCGCCGCAGCAGCGAGGAGAUUCGAUACGAUACGAUAAUGGCACUAUCCAGCACUUCUACUACCUCGGCCGAAAUCCAAGGCGCACGUCUACUGCGCGAGAUUGCCGUCGAUGAGGGAAGUCUAGAAUCUUUCCUGAAGGAAGUGCGCGCAACAUGCGCUCCACAGCGCGGAAAGACGGGUAUUGGAGAGCUGGAUCGUAUGUGGGAGGCGCAUGGCGGGAGACUGGCUAUCACGGGACGGGGCAUGGCGUUGUUGUAUCGGCUGGUUAAUUAUUUGGUGGGUGAGCGGGGGGGAACGGUCGUGGUGAUUGAUGUGGAUGGGAGGUUUUCGGCGUCGCAUUUAACGUGUGAGUUGAGGCAUGUGCAUGUGUUUAGGACGACGCCGAGGGGGUUGAAGGGGACGUUGGAAGGGGUGGAGAGGUAUAUGUUGUGGGGUGAGCAUGAGAGUAAGGGGAGGGAAUGGCUGGGAACGGUAGUUAAUGGGGGUGUGGGAGGGGAUAUCAUGUUGGGAUGGAGAGGGUGGCUAAGGGUUGAGAGGGAGGAGACGGUGGGUUUUGCACCGGGGAUGAGUGCUGAGGAGGCUUUGGGGGAGAGUGAGGCUAGGCAAGAAUUUGUGAAUUCGAGGGGGUGGAGAGCUGUUAGUGACUUGGGUGAGUUCAGUUGGAGUUAGCAAUUAGUUAUUGAGCAGAUGAUGCUCAAGUUAACUCAUAUAAGAGGAAUAACGAGGUCUUUGAACCAAA